AAGAUCAACAAAGAAGUAGUCCAAAUCGAUCUUCCGAGCCCAAUAAAACCCGAGGAAGAUUCCAGUCUAUAUGGAUCACUCCGAAUCAAAACCAACAUAGCUUCGAUGGGGUGUUCUGGCGGCCACGGACAAAACUUGGAAGAGAUUUUGAACUUCACCGGAACACCGUUUACCAUCAGCGACAAAAACAGCCUCAUGGCUUUUGGGUGCAACAGCAAGGCCACUCUGACGAAUAUUAACCCCAGACUUCUUGGAUGCAUCACCACUUGUCAUCAAAACUUCGAGACAUACUUUCCAAGCUGCGAAGGCUACACAUGUUGCAGUGCAAGAAUACCUAUAGACGACGGUCAUGUAAUAAUAGGUGUGAAAAUAGAGAGUAUCGAUGGUAACAAAACAAGAGAAGGGUGCAGUGUCGCGUUCUUAACUGACGAAUAUAACCAAUCCUCACUGUGGCGCAACAGAACUGAUUCCAAAAGGCUUCACGCUCUGGAAUAUGCUACAAUCCAGCUGAACUGGGAAGCUAUUACAGAGAAUCCUUCGUCACGAGGUUUGUGAUAAUAGCUACCAAAUUUGUCUCAAUACUCCGGGUACAUAUCAAUGCGUGACCAAGAAAAGUAAGAAGACAUUCGUAAUUUAUAUAGGUAAAUCUGCUUUCUCUGUUAAAUUAUAAACCCUCAAAACAAAU